UCAAAUAUGUCGGAGCGCAUGCUCUUGCUGUAAACAAACAGAUCAUGGCCGAUCGCAAAAGUACGCGAGAAAAGUUGUUGGAGCUCAUCGACGAUGUGGAACUGAUUGCAAAGGAGCUGCUAGAAAACAUCAUCGCGCCCAAGACACAGCGGCUCACUUCCACAGAACGAUCUCAGCUAGCCGAACUGCUCGUUGCCAAAGAUGAAGAGAUUAAAAGGACUUUAGUAACAGCAACGCGGCAAGCGGAGGUCCAGAAAACAAUUAACGCUCUGCAAGAGGAAGUUGAAAAGCAAGAUCAUGAUAUUCACUUACUUCAGCGUCAUCUCAAAGAGGCAGAGCACCUUUUGUCGACAGCUAUUUAUCAAGCAAAGCAAAAACUGCAAAGCAUAGAAAAGGCCAAUGCGCGUUGCGUAUCUUCCGAAGAGCUCAUCAAGUACGCACACCGUAUUAGUGCAAGCAAUGCAGUCGCAGCACCUCACAACUGGCAGCAAGGUGACCAAAGAAGACCAUAUCCAACAGAUAUAGAAAUGCGGCAAGGCUUUCUCGGUCGCCUCAGCGACUUGCCCCUCACUGGAGCUCCGUUGCAACAACAGGGUAAUCUAGGUGAUCUAGCUGCUCCUCGAGGACACCACACUGACCAAAAUCCUCUGGGACAAGCCUUCUCGUGGCAGAUAGGAGGUGACAUUAAGCCUCCGAUAACCAGCAAUCACAACUCUGUGUCGAUGGAUGCAAAGACAAAAGAGAGUGAGGACGUGGAAGUCAUGUCCACAGAUUCUUCAAGCAGCAGUUCUAGUGACAGCCAGUGAUUGCCAGUGUAAGAUUUCUGUAACCCUAGUUGCUAUGCCAAUACAUUUGAUGUACGAAAGGA